AUGAGAGAGCUUGGGUCUCAUCUAAAAGCUUAGAUUAUAAUGCCACCCUAGAAAAACACAAAUGGAGGUUGUUAGAUCCGCCCUGGAUAUUGCAUACCAGAAAGCAGUGGAGCACUCUAAAGAUAGGCACAUCCAUUUCCUUAAUGGAUGUUCUAGAUUUUAUGAGCUUGCAAUGAUUCUUGUGGAUGGUGGAUGCAAUGUUGUGUGUAAUGAUACAUAUAUCCCUAAUGAGAGAAGGAACAAGAAGACCGUCCUCUCUGGCCUUCGGAAAAUGGCACGAUGUCUGUAUGAACGCAUCGAGGUAAUACAAACAUCGAUUAAUGAUGAAAAAGAUGAGGACCGAUCACAGGAUAAUGGUAAUGAUUUCUUUCAUAACCAGAUUCAACGAAUGAGUUGUGAUUUGGAAAUGCUAAAAGACACAUUUGGUUUUGUGUUCGGGCAGUCAGGAGACGAAGAGACUAAAAUAUUGGAAUCAGAAUUGCAAUUGGAUAUCCACAAGGUUAUUAUGAGUGAAAUGAUGAACUCAUUGAAAAUGGAAAAAUGUGAUUACGAAAUUCAAAAUGUGAUCAGGGAAGAAAAACAUUCCUUGAUGACAACAGAUGCAGUUAAACAUUCUACAUCCCAUCAUUCAAAAGAAGAAGAUGAGAUUCCCCCUCUGCCCUCAUCAGCUAGGAAGUGGGAGAACAAUGAGGAGGAAAACAUGAUACAGGUACUCGACUCGGUGCUAAGGUGUCUAGAGAGAGAAGAGGAUUUGGUUUUGAGCGCUAGCAGUGAGAUUGAGCAGCACAGCGUAAACCAUUACCUGGAGAUCUUCCGGACCGAGGAGCGGGAAGAGAGGGAGGCCAUCCAAUGGCUAUUGGACUCUGACGAAAGCAUUCUGAGUUCUGUUAAUAUAAAGCUGGCCAAAGCACUUAAACAGCUCCUAACUAGCAAGGAGUUGUUGUUAGAUUUGGAACAGGGUUUGGGCCUGUACCCCGACGGUGAAGGGGACGAUGAAAACAAUAACAAUAAUAAUGAUGAAGAUGAGCUUUCUUCUUGUCGACUACACGGUGGCAAUCCUUUCUCAUCUCUUAGAAGGUUUCAAAAAGUCUUAACUAAUUUUGAGGAUACCGUGCUUGCUAGUUUAGAGAAGAAAUGCUUAAGGAUAGAUAAACUGGAGCACCAAUUGCAAGAGCUAGAACAUCUUGUUGUGACAUCGAAGACAAGGGAACAACUUUAUAAGAAGGCGUUCUUAGCGAGGUGCCAUAACCUGCAUUUUGCAGAAAAUGAGGUUGACCUGCUAGGAGAUCAGGUCGAGUCACUACUGCAGUUUCUUGAGAAAAUAUACAAGAAGUUGAGCAAGUACUCGUCAGUUUUGUCAUGCCAUUUUGAGGUCUCUAACAUUGUAGGAUUAAUCAAGAAAGAGAUAGAAGAUACACUUGUUUGUGCACAGAAUUAAUCCCUAGGGUGUAUCAUUUUCCUCUUUUUUCCUUUCGAAAUUGUGCAACAUUUAGGAUGAAUAUACGACGCAUUUGGAUAGUGGUGAUCAAGGAUGAAAUGUUGUAAAAAAACAAGGAUGAAAUGUCGUUUUAGGGUUUGUUUUAUUUAAGCGAGGGAUCGAGGAGUGUGUUUUACUUAGGCGUACAUGAUUUGGUCCAUGGUGGUUCUACAUGCAGCCACCAAUUUACUAAUCAAAGCCACAUAAUUUUAAAUGUCUAUUCUACCCUUCCAACUCAAUAAUCAACCACCCUUACAGAAAGAUUAGGAUAGCCCCUUCUUCUGCAACCAACCUCUCCUCAAUCGAGAACAAGUUGAAUGGUCAACAACACAACGAAGGGGCGGAGUCAGGGGAG